UGUCGUCAUCUUCUUUAUUUUGAAACCACACGAAGAGAGAGAAAAUUUCCAGUGAUGUCAUAUUCCGGUGAAGUUGAAGCUCAAAUUCCGGAGACGGAUAAUUUUCCGGCGACUGAGGUAAAAGCAGCAGAGGAGAAACAAGAAGUAGAUACGAAGGUGCGUAAGAGGGAGAAGAAGCAGAAGUCUUCCAUGGAUAAGAAGCAUAAAGCUCCAUCUCAUCCUCCUUAUUUUCAGAUGAUUAAAGAAGCAAUAUUAGCGCUGAAUGAGAAAGGAGGAUCAAGCCCCUAUGCAAUUGCGAAAUUCAUGGAACAGAAACACAAGACAGUACUUCCAUCAAACUUCAGGAAGAUUCUAGGGCUUCAGCUGAAGAACUCGGUAUCAAAGGGAAAGCUCAUCAAAGUAAAAGCCUCUUACAAGCUUUCGGAAGCCGGUAAAAAGAGGUCGGAGAAAGGAAGUAAGAGCAGAAGCAGUAGCAGCAGCACUACAAAGGCUGCUAGAGCGAAUGCGGCGAAAGAGCCAACAAAGAGAAGAAGACCUAAGUCUAAGUCUGUGAGCAAGAUUGAUAAUCCUCCUGUUAACCCUGCUAUUACUGCUAGGAGGAGUAAGAGGUCGAAACCGAAGCAGAAGCUGCUGAAAACCAUAAAAAAGAAGGCCAAUGCUUAAUUGGUAGUAGGAGGUUAACUUUUGGUAAUGCUUUUUUUGGGUGUGUUUUUAGGAGUUGUAAAUAGUUUUGAAGCUACCAGUCAAGGGUGUUUCUGUGUUAGUUAUGACUUGUGUACUAAAGUGAUGUUGUAAUUAUGCAAAUAAGUAGAAGUUUCACUAGUAUCAAUGUAUCAUAGUUAGGUUGUGGGAGGUUUUUGUAAUUAUACAAAUAAGGGAGUAAUCUAUAAUACUAGUGAGUUGCUUGA